AUGAGUUUACACAAUGAUAAAGAACUCAAUGAUUUACUGGAUCUUAAUGCUGUGAAACAUCGUACUCGUUUAACUGCUUCACAUGAUCAGAAUUCGACAAGAAUUCCUUCGAUAUUGUACUCUACAGUGGAAUAUCAUGGUGCUAAUAUGCAUCCCGGUAAUACAAAUUCCGAGGUGCUUUAUUCCACAAAUGGAACCGAAGUUCCUGAUUUUUGGAGUGAAGCACUCAAUUCUCCGUAUGACGAUGGGAUAUAUGAUGGAUGA